GUAUGAUUAAUAAAAAUGAGUGAAAAUGUUAUUUGGACUAUCAAAAACGGAGAGUUUGAUGCUGUGCAAGAAGCGUUCAAAAACGAUGUUCUUAAAGUAAAUGAGGAGAUUAAAGGAAGGUACCCAAUUCAUUAUGCGGCUGAUUUUGGUCAGUUAAAGGUGCUCGAGUUCUUGAUUCUAAAAGGAGCCGAUGUUAAUAAAAAGGAUAAACAUGGCAUUACACCGCUUCUUGCAGCUAUUUGGGAAGGACACAAGAGCUGCGUAGAGCUUCUUUUGGAAAAGGGAGCAAAUAAAAGCGAGUCUACUCCAGAUGGCAAAAGUUAUAUUGAAGCAGCAGAGAGCGAUGAAAUCAAGAAACUUCUUAUCUAAAUUAUAAAAUAAUUAUGACGCUAAGCACUUUAAGUUUUGGAAUUGAAAUACAGACUAGCUCUAGUUUCUCUAGAUUCUAGUUUUUAUGACU